AUGGAAUCAAAAUCAAAUUACAACAAUGCAUAAACUUAGUUAGACAACGAAGGAUCAUUUGUUGAUAAAUUAACAUUGGAAAUGAAACAACUGAUCUUCAAGAUAGUCACAUUGAUGUUAAAGAUUGAGUCUCAAUCAGUGAUAUUUCAGCUACUGAUGAGACUCAUUUAAUAUAUGUAGUUGAAUGCUAUCUUAUUUAAUCGAUAAAUUUGGAAAAUAUGGCAGGUGACAACAGUGUCACGCCCAUUACAUAGUUUUUUCAAUUAUUUUAUGAUUACCCCUUAUUUUGAUAAAGACAGUUUCUCAUAUUUUGUUGUUCUCAUGUACGUUUGCUUGUCACUAUUCUUGAUAUCUCUCAUGCUUAUAUGCGUAAUCGGUUUUUAUUCGAAUAAACAAAAUCAAAGCUUUACUUGGGCAAUCGUUAUUCUCAGAACACUGAUCGAAUUUUUUUUGUCAAUCUUAUUCCUCCCCUUUGUUGAUGUCUUCUUGGCUAUGUUAGCCUGCUAUUAGGAUGACUCUGGAGACUUUCAGCAUUAUCUAUUUGAUGUGCAAUGUUGGGCCAAUGUACAUAUUGUACAUGGAAUAGUGGCCAUCUUAGCUGUAAUACUCUUUAGUUCUAUCACUUUACUAUUCUCAAUGGUGUAUUAUGAAGUCAACUAUUUGCCAUAAAAUUUAAAUUCAAAAAAGCAAAGCAAAUGCACAACUUAUUUGUUAUUAUAUGAAUUGGUAAUGGUUAUAUGUUACACUUAUAUGAAUGACAAGCUCUAUGAGUAUGUUCAUAUUCUAAUAAUGUUAAUAGGCAGUUUCCUUGUGUUUUGGUGUUUUCAUGUUGAAAAACCAUACAACAAUCACGUAAUUCAGAAAUCCUAUUCAAUGUUGGUCACAUUCCAUCUAUGGGGUGUCUCUAUGCUUUGUUUUGCUAAAUAUCUUGAGGGAGUUCUAUUUUUUGGAGUCAUAUUUUCUUGGAUGGGAGGACUGCCUUUAUUAAUAAUAACCUUACUUCGUCCCCAGAACGAAUAAUAUGAAAUUCUAAUGACAAACAUGGCCACUUGCUAGUCUCCUUAAUAAAUUUAUAAUUUGACUAAUUUUCUAUUGUAACUGCAAUACGAGAGUUAAAACGAUCAAACCUCAGGUUUAGUCAUUGACGGUUUUUUGGAUCAUCACAAGAUCACUUGUGUAAGAGAAGAUUGCCAUCUAAAGUUGAAGGGGUUACCGAAUUAUAGAAGAAACAAAAUUGGCCUAAACGACAGCAAUUUAUAAGAGAGAGAUGUAGAUCUAUGUAUAGUAUUAUAUUAAACGUACUUGAAUUAAACAAAAAAGUUUUAAAAUAGUAUCAAAUUGAGAUUAAGAUUUGCUAUUUAUAUGUAUGAGAAAAUGAAAUAAAAACAGAAUGCCUUGAUUGAAUUUCAAGCAAUCGAAUAAUUAUUUCCUAAGUUCGAUGAAGAGUUCAUUAUUUACAGAUUUAAAAAAUUAAUAGAAGACGAAUUAAAUUCUAAUGAGGGAUAUGGCAGUUUCGAUCUUGGUAACGAAUUAUAGUUCCAAAAUAACUAUAAAUCAUUAUAAAGAUAUAUCGAAAGAUCCUCUCUGUUGCAUAUGGAUUUCUGGUCAUUGUUGCAAGAAGACUUUCCUGAUCUGAGCAAAUUGAAUGAACUCGGAUAAAAAAUAAACAAUUCAAUUGUUUAAAUAGAGGAUCUAUGGAAGAAAAUGCAAAAAUAAAGCACCAAUUUAACAAAGGCCCUUCGCUUAUAUGGAAAAUUUCAAAUAGAAGUCCUCCAAGAUAAAGAACAAGGAGAAGAAUUACUAGAAAAAUCUAGGCUCAUCUAAUAGUAAGUCAAUUUCAAUAGGAAUAAAGCAACAGCAUCCUUUAUCAAUGCAGAAGACAUAGGUCUUGAGGCCUUUCCAACAAUAGUGAUUGCAACAACAGUUGAUAAGUUCUCUUAAAUCACAAAUCUCAAUAAGGCUUGUUGUAAUGUGUUAGCUUACAAUAAAUCGGAAAUACUGAAUAAAAAGAUUACAUUAAUCAUGCCAAAUAUAUUUGCGAAGUUCCAUGAUAAAUACAUAGAGAAGUUUAUGACUCUAAACGUUUCAAGUGUUUUUAAUGUCGAUAGAUACAUCUUUGUCAAGCAGAAGCACAAUUAUAUUAUGCCUAGUUUUUUGAACAUUAGAAUGCUAUAAUCAUAUGAUGAUUCCACUAUGAUAGUUGGAUAAUUCAAAUUGAUCAAAUAAUUUAAACCAAUUUGUUAUAUUUUGACAGAUACUGAAAAGAUUAUUGAAUCUAUCUCAGCUUCCUGCUUCUCAUUAUUAGGCAUUGAUAACAAAUUGAUUACUCAUAACAAGAUCUAUAUCAACGAUCUCUUUCCUCAAUUCUAAGAUUAAUUUAACUCAUUUUUUACUAAAUAAGGAGCCCCCAUCAAAUUUUACAAUUCUCUUUAACAAACUAAAUCACCAUCAUAAUAGUUAUCAUCAGAAUAACAAACUGAAAAAUAAAAAUCAGAUAGGUUCUGUCAGAUUUACUAAUGCAAUAUGGCAGAAAUUAAAGAUUUUGAAAAGCAACUUGUAGGCUACUCUAUUAAGUUAGAACUAAUUUAAAAUGAAAAAUCAUUUGGAACCCAAUAGAAUAUGAGUUUAUUAGCAGAAAAACAAUAAACUGAAUAACUAGUUUACAAUUAGAUGUAAUUUAAAUUCAAUCCUAAAAUCAUGACUUUUGUAGCAGAAGUUGGAAAUGAACUCAAUUCAUAAAGAGUUGACCAGUCUGUGAAUUGGGAUUAACAAGAUCAAAGUUCAUAAUUAACAUCCAAUCUUGGAAUGGAGAAUCAGAAACCAUCAACAGAAAAAAGUGAUGAUUUGCAAAUACUGUCACAUUCUUAAAAGUUAGAUGAUGGUAUCAAGACUCUCAGACUAUUUGAAAAUAAAAUCUAAGAUAUUGAUGAUAGAGAUGAUGUCAUUUCUGAAGAUGAAGAUUCAGGAAAAUCAAGUGUUUUCCAAAAAAUUGAUAAUGAUUCAAUCGAAGUAGGAGCAAAUGAUAAUGUGAAUGUCUUUAGGUCACGAACAAAUCUUCUCCAACUCAUUAACAUUUAGAAAACUCCCAAAGUCAUUACCAAACUUAAUUGGACUAUGAACUUAGAAAUGCUAUCAAUUGUAACUUUAUCAUUUGUUGCAUUCUUCUUGACAAAUCAACAAUACAAUAAAAUAAGUGAAUAACUUUACCUUGUUUAAUAAGUUGGAAUUAGAAAUGCUGAAUUUUUCAAUAUUAUGGCACCUAUGCAAAACUUAUAAAUGCAAUAAAUAGGAAUCUGGAUAUUUACAUCCGAAGCUGAAAGUGCCUAAUACGAGAAAGAUUAGAGAAAGAUGAUAAAUGAUACUAUAAAUACAAUCAAUUAGAUUAAUACAAUCUUAACUCUGAAUAGUGAAAAUGAUAAUGCAUAGCUUAAGGAAUUGUAUACUGAAAAUGUUGUAACUAUGAUGGUCAGCGAUGGAGUAUUUCAAAAGUACGAUUUAGUAUAAGCAAUGCAACAAUUAUUGAGUAAAGCUCUCAUCAUUAGAGACAAGUAAUUAGCCUCUAUGACAACAUAAGAUGAAGACUACAGGUUUUUGACAUAUAAUCUUUUUAAUGAUUUUGCCAAUCACUUAUAAAACUCAACUCAACAAUAUUCCCUAGAUCUAGCUUAGAAAACCGCUGACAACAGAUAAGAGUUAUUGAGUAUAUUGGGUACAUCCUCAGGCAUUUUAGGAGUCUCUUUAUUAUUACUAAUAUUCUUUUAGAUAUAGAUGGCCAGAGGUCUCUAAGAAAUUUUGGUCUUAUUUUUAGAUAUUCCAGACAAAACCAUUAAAUUCUUAUAUUCUAAAUGUGAAAACUUCUUAUCAAAUAUAUAAAUAGGAGAAGAUGAUGAAAUGCUAUCAGACUUUGAUGAGCUUGAAAAAGAAGAGCGAGAAGAAUUGAAUAGAACUCUAAAAUAAAGAAGAAAGAAGAAGAAGUAUAAGAAUUCUAACAAAGAAUUAAGAAACCUAAUUUUGAUUACUCUAAUUCUAACUAUAUUAUUCCAAAGCUAUUUCAUCAUAUUUUAUUUUUUAAGUAGUUAGAUGCUCACAAAUUUAAAUCAGAUGGUACCUGAGAUUAAUUCAACUUCUUAUUGUGAAGGAUUUUAUAAAUUUGUUGAAAGUUCCGAAAGACAUGUAUUUUUAAAUAGAGACAUACCCAUGACUGGCGUUGAUCCAUAUUUUUUAAUGAAAUUCCUAAUAGAUGCACUAUAUUAAAUUGAUUCUUAUUUCCAUCAAGAACACUCUCUAAAUAUUGACAUUCUCAAUAGUAUUUAUGUAGACGCUUUCUAAGAAAUUUUUAUGCUUUAACCAUGUGCAAUAUUUGCAAAUGAAAUGAAAACAGUGACUGAGAAGGAAUGUUAAACCUUUGCUUCAGGAGCCAUUGAUUAAGGAAUGGCUGUAGGAAUAGCAAGAUUUAUAGAGAGCAUUAGAUUUCUGUUGACUGUCUAUGAAUAAUUUUAUGGUCAUCCUGAAGUGUCAUUUUCAAAUGCUGUCAGAGGAAAUGUUGUAUUCAAGAAUAUUACUUAAAAUUAAGAUAAUGUUACGAACUACAUAUAUAAUUUAAAUAAUUUUAAAUAGGCUUAAGAACUCAGAAUUAUGUAAAGUACAUAUUUAAAAGCUACAUUCCGGUAUUUGUUCCUCAAAUUAAAGGAAGGAAUCAAUUAAGAUAUGAAUAAUUCUAAAACACAACUUUUAGCUUUAUUUAUUAUAUUUGAAGCCAUUUUGUUUAUUUUGUACUUUGUAUUCUGGUUACCUUUGACAAUUAAGUUGAUUCGAGAUAUCUAAAAAACUAGAAUAAUGGUUCUGAUGAUACCAUUAAAGGUAAUUCUAAAAAUAAGAUCAAUAAAAUUAUACAUUAAAGAUGUAAUUCUGGAAAAAGCAAUUGAAAAAUGA